GCACACAAUAAGUUUUGGGAUUCGCGGGUCCGGUUUAGUUUCUGAUCAAUGUGGCCCAAGGCCCCCGGGGAGAGCGCAUGGGGACCCGGCUGCUGCGGAGUUGGGAGAUGGCUCGAGUUUAAAGCGCGUCUUCGUUUCUCUGCGGGGAUGAGGCGAGAGGUGAAGGAACUCGUCCUGGACAACUGUCGGUCGAUUGAAGGCAAAAUCAAAGGCCUCACAGAUGAGUUUGAAGAACUGGAAUUCUUAAGUACAAUCAACGUAGGCCUCACCUCCAUUGCGAACUUACCAAAGUUAAACAAACUCAAGAAGCUUGAACUAAGUGAUAACAGAAUCUCGGGGGACCUGGAAGUAUUGGCAGAAAAAUGUCCGAACCUUAAGCAUCUAAAUUUAAGUGGCAACAAAAUAAAAGACCUCAGCACAAUAGAGCCGCUGAAGAAGUUAGAGAACCUCAAGAGCCUAGACCUGUUUAACUGUGAGGUGACCAACCUGAAUGACUACCGAGAAAACGUGUUCAAGCUCCUGCCCCAGGUUACGUACCUCGAUGGCUAUGACCGGGACAACAAGGAGGCCCCUGACUCCGAUGUUGAGGGCUACGUGGAGGAUGACGACGAGGAAGAUGAGGAUGAGGAGGAAUAUGAUGAAUAUGCCCAGCUAGUGGAAGAUGAAGAGGAAGAGGAUGAGGAGGAAGAAGGGGAGGAAGAGGAUGUGAGUGGAGAAGAGGAGGAGGAUGAAGAAGGCUACAACGAUGACGGGGAGGUGGAUGAGGAGGAAGACGAAGAGGAUGCUGGUGAAGAAGAGAGGAGUCAGAAGCGAAAACGAGAACCCGAAGACGAGGGUGAAGAGGAUGACUAAAGGGGAAUUCGCCUAUUUGGGGAAAUUCCUAUUGUGAUUUGACUGUUUUUACCCAUAUCCCCUCCCCCCCUCCCCCUCCUAUUCCUGCCCCCCGAAACUUAUUUUUUUCUGAUUGUAGCGUUGCUGUGGGAAUGAGAGGGGAAAAGUGUACUGGGGGUUGCCGGGGGGUGGGGGGAGGGGGAGGAAUAAAAUACUAUUUUUACUGCCGCUCUUUAUUUUCCCCUCCUUUUUCCUUGUGUCUGGUUUUGUCCCCAUAAUGCAAUAGUUUAGUACACACCACGCCAUUGUUUGUUCUUAUCCUCUGGAGAGGGGGCGGCUUUGAGGUCUCCUUUUGGUAUGUCCCACAUCCCCAGAGUUGGUCAGGAGGCUGUGGCUGGCCUCCACCAGGUGACUCACCGCCCAGGAGGCGCUGAAUCCCAGCCCCACGUCUUCGGUAACUCUGUUCUGGUUCAUGUGGUCUCUGCUAGAGGCACCCGGCACCCGGGUUUGUAAAUAGCAACCUAAAGGCGUAUUUUGGCACUGGUUUGGGGACAUUCCCCAUCUCUCAUCCCUUUUCCCCCUUCGCAGAUGGCAGUGGGCUUUGCUUUCGCAAAAAAGAAACUUGUGUUGCUCUGAGGCUGUGAUCCUGAGAGCCUAAAACCGGCAGGCUUAGGAGAUACGAGUAAAAUGGGUUUGGUAAUCAUAAUGAAAAUAGGUGAACCUUCAUAUUUCAACUUCUUUAAAAAAAAAAAAAAAAAAGCAACCCAUAACCUGUCCUCUCUCGUUGUGUAAAAUAUUAUCGCAGUCUGUUUUGCAGAAAUGACAGGAGAUGCUCCAGCUUAGAACAUUUUUGCAAAUCUAAGCUCUGGAGGCUCGCUGCAUGUCCACUGGGUAGCUUUGUUUUGUUUUGUUUUCCUUCUCGCAUACCUUGGAGCACGGAAAAGGAAUGCAAGGUUGUAUUUUCUUACCUAGUGGACUCUGAAGUGACCGCAGGCUCCUCCUGGCGAAUGCUGCCUGCUUUCGGCGUCCCCCUUCCGGAUUGCUUUAGAAGUGACAUGCUGUUUCCUACCCUGUGUCUCAUCUGUACAAAGAACAUCUGCAACCCGUUUUUCUCCCACCCUUGAGAAGAGCCAAACUUUGAGUUUUAUGUCUGUUUGUCAUUGAUAAAUUUCAAUAAAUCUUUUUGAUACAAUUUUUUUGGGGGAUGGCUUCUUUUGAGUCCUUACGAGCCACUGAUCGUCCAAGGAUCAACCGCUGGCCCCGGAAGGAAGUCUUGUUAUUGUCACCUGCUAAAACAGAGUAUGUCACCUUACACCAAGGCUGGAGACUUUGUUCUCAAAGCAAGGCUGGGUGGGAUGUGUGCUCCUUAAAUGCUACAU